UUGUUUAGCAGGGCAGGGAGCGUUUCUUCGCAGGCUUCUUCGCAGGAGGGCAGGGCCAGAAGGAGCCGGCCCACCCGGGGUGCCAGUGAGCCACUGUGUCCCUGCCUUUGGGCCCGCUGCACAGAGAAGCCACCUGGGAGGUCCCAGCCCCUCUGAGAAGCAGCGGGCUGGCCUUUCUCAGCCGCUGGCCCAGGAGGGUGGCUGGCUGGGUCAGGGACCCAAAGCACCAACUGGAACGUCUCAUCUUCUCCACUGACGCAGGAAAGUGGGAGCCUUGAACCCUCAGCGGGCCAGUCCCGGAGCUCGGGUCUCCAGAGCACCCACGGGCGCCCAGGGUGAGCCGGCUGGGGACCCGGGGGACAGGAAAGCCCUGCAGGUGCCGCGCGGACACAUCAGGCUGGAAGAGCCCUCGCUGCCCCCGCCCCUCCCCACCUGCGCCCUGAAGCCAGCACCUGUCCUUGGCACGGACGUGCCAGCCGGGGCCUAGCCCCCUGCCCAGGCUAACACUGACCCCAGGCCGCUCUUCGCCUGGACAAGAUGAGACUGUCAGGUGUGCUUCGCUUCCUGGCCCUCAUCUUUGCCCUGAUCACCACGUGGAUCUUUAUUCGCAGCUACAUCAGCUUAAACAUGAAAACUAUCCGUCUGCCCCGCUGGCUGGGUUUAGUCACCAAGGAGAUCUCGGUGGUCAGGACCAAGUGUGGCCUCACCAAGCCCUGCCCAGAAGAGUUCUUCGCCUUUAAAAUCAGCAGCGGGGCCGCCAACGUUGUGGGCCCCACCAUGUGCUUCGAAAACCAGGUGAUCAUGAGUCCUGUGAAAAACAAUGUGGGCAGAGGCCUGAACAUUGCCCUGGUGAACGGAACCUCAGGAAUGGUGCUAACACAGAAAUGUUUCGACAUGUACUCCGGAGAUGUGAAGCUCCUGGUGAAAUUCCUUAAAGAAAUUCCAGUGGGCAUGCUGGUGCUGGUGGCAUCCUACGAUGACCCAGGGACCAAAAUGAACAAUGAGAUCCGGAAGCUCCUCUCCGACCUGGGCAGUUCUUACGCAAAUCAGCUGGGCUUCAGAGAUAGCUGGGUCUUCGUAGGGUCCAAAGACCUCAAGAAUAAAAGCCCCUUUGAGCAGCUCUUAAAGAACAGCCCAGGCAAAAAUAAAUACGACGGCUGGCCAGAGCUGCUGGAGCUGGAGGGCUGUGUUCCCCGGAAGAUCCCAUAGGGUGGCUGCGGACCGAAGAAGUUUCUGGGCCACUCUAGGAGUCAGAACUGGCUGCGGCGACGAGAAGGGGCCAAGCGGCCUGUGGAAAGUGCUGGGGUGGGGGGCCCACGCACUGUGCACCGCCCCUGUGUGGAAGCAGACCCCUCUCAUGGGCUGAGGCAGCCCACCCCAGGUGGCCAGACUCAGGGAUCUUUCCAGAGCCUGUCUUCACUCCUGAGGAAGGACAGACUGCCCAUACCUGAGGUGCCCAAUUAAAUCUUAUUUUUGCUGGUUUUGAAUGAA